GAAACAAAGAGCUCAUCAGGGAGCUAAGCCAACCAGCUCCAGGAUCAAAAGAUCUGUAUUUCCCAAAUGUACGGAUCGUUUUUGACUUUCACCUUCUACGGUAUGAUGGCUGUGGCCAAGACGCCUAACCACCACAUCGCCUCCGUUGUCUCCUCCGCUUUCUACGGCAUCUGGAAUCUCUUCUCCGGCUUCCUCAUCCCUCGUCCUAGUAUGCCGGUAUGGUGGGAAUGGUACUACUGGCUCUGUCCUGUUUCAUGGACACUAUAUGGUCUAAUCACAUCACAGUUCAGUGAUAUUACAGAACCGAUGGCAGAUAGUACAAGUGUGAAGCAGUUUAUUAGAGACUUCUAUGGACACAGAGAAGGUUUCUUGGGAGUGGUGGCCGCCAUGAAUGUCAUCUUCCCAUUGGCCUUUGCUAUCAUAUUUGCUGUUGGAAUCAAGACUUUCCAUUUCCAAAAGCGAUGAACAGUUUUUACUUCUUUAUUUUUGAAAUGCAUAUGCUUAGCAUUCAAUUUCCUGUAACACAAUGAAAAGUCAUUUUUUGUAAUGAUAUUAAUAAAAGGGUGAUCAACAACACAUAACAACAUCAAUGGAUUAGAUUGAAUCUCUAGCUAAUGUUACGUACCGAACAAUUCCGAGUGCACGUACAUCAAUGUGUUACAAACUUUAAAUCAAUUCUGUUUUCAGUUAAUGGUGAUCAUCAUACAUGUUCAAAAUGGCAAAUAAUAAGUGGAAGAUCACAUACUCAUUUUUUUCUGGAAAACACUUUGAGUCAAAUAGAGAGAAGACUAAUUGUCAAAUAAUAUGUUCGUUUUAUUUUGUCAGAGAGACAAUUAAAA